CUACAAAUAAGAUGAUAAUAACAUUGCUCUUUCCGGAUAGCCUUCUCUACUAAGAACACAGUGUUAAAGAAUAGUGAGCAGCAAAAAGAGAGAAAAAAAGAAAGUAGGUGAUUCUUCAAGUGCCCCGAAUUUGCUAUAUAUAAUCACUCUGUUGAUCUCCUCGAGAGAAGUGGCAAAUACAAAAGAAAAGUUGAACACAAAAUGAGUAACUUUGUAGUGAUGGCAGGGAUGGCCAAGGUGGUGGUCGGAGCAGUGGCCGGACUAGCUCUUGCUGCGUGGGGUAUUGCUAUGCUUUUCUCAGGCCCUAAACCUGAAACUGAAACUUCCACCAACGGGGAAACCAUGACAGCUCCGGGAAGAGACGGCAGGGAUGACUUCGACAAAGACCCUGGCACCUAUUAUUUAGGCUGAAAACUCACUUGAAGCUCCGCAAACUUCGCAACAAGAAAUAGUGAUCUGUAUGUCAUUUUGUUUUGCUAUUCUGCUUAUUAUCUAGGCUGUUGUGUGUUUGUGGACUUUUUGUGUUGGUGGUUUGUAGUGAUCUCUCCAGUUAUUUUGCAUUGCUAAACUAUGUUUGGGAAACACCGGAGAUAUAUAUAGCAAAGUGAGUCAAUAUGUAAUGGUUGGUUUCAACUGAAAUGGGUAUUUAUGUUGUUUGGUGUCUCAGAGCAAUUCCAACGG